AUGGACCAUGGUGCCUUCUACUGGGGUGAGAGCCUGGCCCGCCCCAAACACGUGCGCUUUGCUGCGGAGAUGGCCCAUCACCUGCUGCGGUGGGAGCCGGGACACCACUCCCCCCGCGAUGUCCGCUACGAAGUGGAGCACAGAGCCUACGGCAGGAAUUUCUCCUGGAUGGCCAUCCCAAACUGCGUGAACAUCUCGGGGCACUCCUGCGACCUCACGUACUACACCCUGGAUCCUGCCCUGCGCUACUACGCACGGGUCAGGGCCGUGUCCGGAAACCACAAGUCCCCGUGGGAAAGGACCAACUCUUUCUCCCCACAAGAAGCCAGCCUGCGCCUGUCGGGCCAGAGCCUCUUGGUGAUGGGCAACACCAUCCACGUGCAGCUGCAGCUGCUCCUCAGGGCGGGGAACCUCACCGUGAAAUACGACGACAUACAGAAGUACGCAAGGCGAUACCGUGUCUACGUCAGGAGGGUGCAGGACAAUCGGACGUAUGAAGUGGUGGAGACCACCCCAGCGUUCAACAUCAGCAGUCUCUUCUGGGACACAGAAUACUGCGUCAGCGUGGAGCCCAACGUGGCCAGCCGGCAGAUCCGUGCCUUGCGCACUGCCGAGGAGUGCGUCACCAUCGGCGGGAGAGACAGGAGUACAGAGCUCGUCCCGAGCAUUGUCAGCUCCUCCUUCACCUCUGUGUUGCUCUUGGGCCUCCUGGGAGCUCUGAUGGUGUGCGUCUACAUAAAGAAACCCGUGAGGCCGCCAUCUGUCCUGAAGUCGUUCAUCAAGCAGAGCUCGCUGUGGGUGGAGCAGGAGUCCUGGUCUUCGGGCAGCCCCGACGCAGACCCUGUGCAGCAGCUGUUCCUGUGCAGGAAGGAGCCCCAGCAGGACAGUGGCCUUGACAGCAGCACCAGCGCAGCCCAGCUGCCCCCAGAGAAGGGCUGUAGGCUCCCAGCACAGCCUGAGGACCGAGUAUGCCUGCUGGGGCCAGGGGCCAGGAGCAGCAGAGACAGCAGCGGCACCAGCACCGACAGUGGCAUUUGCCUACACACCCCCUCCUCCUCCUCCUCUGCACUGAGCUGCUCCUCAGGCCCCGAGCCCCAGGGCUACAAGAGGCAGGAGCCCACUGGCGACGACAGUGGCGUGGGCUUGGGGAGCACCUGCCCCCGCUCGCCGUGCUCCUCCGAGGCCAGGCAGCCCUGCGGAGGGGAGCUCAGCCUCUGCCCCGCCGCCAGCCAGGACAACCAGCGAGACGUGGAGUUCCGCGGGUACCUGCAGCAGUCCAAGGGCACAGUGGACCCGCGGCAGGACCCAGCCAAGGGGGUGGCCUUCUCGGGCUGUGACGGAUCCCUGCAGGGCCCAGGCAGCUCUGACAUUGUGCUGGAUGUAGAGUGCUCCGAGCUGACUGUGGCCAAAGGGUAUUUGAAGCAGUCCUCUCCCAAGCAUCCCCACAGCCAAGCACAGGACCUUGCUCCAUGGGGGGCCCUUCGGGAGCCCGCUGUCUGGGGCUUUUCCAGCCAUCUGGAGCCCCGAGCCCCCACGAUGCAGAGCUACAGGGUGCCGGGUGCUCCCUUGGUCUCCAAAUGCAGCCCUGAUCUCCUGCACGCUCCCUUCAUCUUCAACACUGACCUCCCGGGGACGCUGCCCCUCACCUGCAGCCUCAGCAACAACGAAUGGCUCCCGCUGCAAAUCAACCCACUGAGCCUGCUCAGCGGGGACAGCAAGGACAGCCGCAUCCGAGACUCACCCGAGAAGCACUGGCUUAGCUACUUCUGGGGCUGCUUUGGCCCCAGUACCGCUGUGGCCAGCCCCCAGCGUGCCCCGCACCUUCCUUCCAGCCAGUCUCUGCCGUAA